CGUCGCCAUUACUCUCCCUUCGUCGACCUGGUUUUGCUCAAAAUCAACAAUGGCGGAUUCCGCGAAAUCGCUCAAAGAGUAUUUGAAACGAUACGAGUCUAGUGACAACGCGGACGAGACGAAGAAGAAGAGGAAGAAGAAGCAGAAGAGCAGGACGGAGGCCAUGGGGGUUAGAGUGGUGGAUGAAGAUCCUGUGUGGCAGAAACCGGUGAAAAUCAAGGGAGAAGAUGAGAAAGAUUCGGGAGACGAAGAGGAGGAGAAGCCGUUGGUGGAUGAAGACAUUGAGGUGAAGAGGAUGAGGAGGCUUGAGUUGUUGAGAGCGCGGCGGCCGUAUGAUGCUAUAUCUGAAGAUGGCAGUGGUUGGGUUCAAGUCCCUCUGAAAAGAGAAGGCUCCGAAGAAGCUGACUUGUCGCCUCCGCGGAAGCGGUUUCGUUCUCCCUCUCCCGAGCCUGGGAUGGCUUCGAGGGGAUCAGACCUUUCGCCCCCGAGGAAAAGUAGAAGGGGCGGUGAUGAAGAUCUGUCUCCACCGAGGAAGAGUAGGAACAAUGUUGAGGAUCUUUCGCCACCGAGAAAGAGUAGGAACAGUGUUGCAGAUCUUUCUCCCCCGAGGAAGAGUAGGAACAAUGUUGAGGAUCUUUCGCCACCAAGGAAGAGUAGGAACAAUGUUGAAGAUCUUUCUCCACCAAGGAAGAGACGGAUCAAUGGUGGUGAGGAUCUUUCUCCACCAAGGAAGAGACAGAACAAUGUUGCAGAUCUUUCUCCACCGAGGAAGAGUAGGAUCAAUGGUGAUGCGGAUCUUUCUCCACCAAGGAAAAAGAAGCAAUCAUCUCCAGGUCCUGUAAAAGAGAAGCCAAAAAGUGGUUUGAUAUCUGGCCGAGAUAUCAGCGAAGAGAUUUCUAAAAAGAAGAGGGCUGAGCAGUUGAGAUUUCAACAGAUGGAUCCUUCUGAAACUGGGCAAAAUGCAGCAAAUGUAUUUCGUAAUAAGAAAACAGGUGAACGCAUGUCGGAGGAGGAGAAAUUGAAAUCAGAGAAGAAACGUGAUGAAAAGCCUAAGGAGAUAAAGGUUGAAUGGGGUAAGGGCUUGGCUCAAAAGCGGGAAGCUGAAGCUACGCUGGAGGCAUUAGAACGUGAGAAGGAGAAACCAUUUGCACGGACUAGAGAUGAUCCAGAACUUGACAAAAUGAUGAAGGAGAAAGUAAGAUGGGGUGACCCUAUGGCGCAUUUGGUGAAGAAAAAGUUUCCUGAAGCAGUUCUUGCGAACCUAGGGGACAGCGAUAAAAUGAAGGAAUCUGGAUUUAUCAUCCCUCAGGAUAUUCCUAAUCAUAGCUGGUUGAAAAGAGGGUUAGAUGCUGCACCAAAUCGUUAUGGUAUAAAACCAGGGAGACAUUGGGAUGGAGUUGAUCGCAGUAAUGGAUUUGAGAAGAAACUGUUCACGCAAAUAAACGAGAAACAAGCUACUCAGGCAGAGGCGUAUCUGUGGUCCGUGGCAGAUAUGUGACCGGCACCAAAUAUGCACGCUCUUGUAUUUCAAUGGACAAGGCACGAAGAAUUUACUGGACCUUCUCCUUCUCAUACUAAUUGAUGACUGUAUUGCUUGUUUGAGCUCCUCUAUUUGCUCUUUAUACCGAUGGGUACUAUUUGCCUAAUCGAAAGUGGGUUCUCACACACUUGUACAUAUGGCUUAUGCAAGUUUUGGUUUUCCAGUUAAUACCAUACUGUGUGAUGUAUACUUGACAAGUGCCAUUUUAUUGUUUUGAAUGUACCAAUAGGUGGGCUAAUUCUGGCCCAAACAGCGCUGCAGGCCCACCGCAACUGGGAAUGAAGGCCCAGCCCAAUGGCCUGAGAGAGUACCCCAAAGGUCCAAAACUAUAUAUAAGCAAAAACGGUACUCGGAUUCUCAUAAAGCCAAAUCGAGAAGUUGCAGAGGUCAGAGAAUAGUGGCAUAUAGAUCGAUUCGCUCGGAUCGGUAGUCCUGGAUCUGAUGGCGGUUUGACGGCGGUGAUCGAAUCGGUAGUCAGCUCCGGCGGUUGUUCCCGAUGGUUCGAUCCGGCCGUUAUACAAUUCGUCCGCGGCGGUCGACUCGGAUAUUCUAGGGUUUCUGGAAGAAUACUGUUAUUACUGGAUACUAAGAAAGGCGUGCGCACCUUCGCAUGGAUGGUUGGCCAAGCCUUCUCAAUUCAUGGAGACUAAAGUCAAGCCUUAAAAGCA